GUGCUCCAGGAGGCCUGCGAGACUCCCGCGGCCGCCGCCGCGACCUGCCCUGCCUGCCCCACCUGGGAGGGCCCGGCGGAGGUGGAGCCCUGUGACACGUGGGGUGUUUUCGUGCGUGGCGCGUGGGCCGGGGGAGCGAUUGGCUGCUGCUCUGGCGUGGUGCUCGCAGAGGUCGUGAGCUAUGCAGUGGGGAUGGCUGGGGUACUGGUGCACCAACGGUGGGUUUCAGGCCGCAUGGCGCUAUCGGCUUCUGAGUUUGUCGGGGCGACGCCCAACGGCGACACUCACAUCGUGAUGUACGACGAGGGGGAAAACGAUGACGUGGACCUGGUUCGGUGGAGCGCCGUUUGGAACUGUGUGCCUCGCGGGGUGAAUCCUGCUCGUGUGCAUCGGUUCGCCGUGGAGCCAUCGGCGGCGAAGAAGCAGGUGUUCCUUCGCGACGCGGAGCUCCUCGCCUUCCAGCGCUGCCAGCAGAUCGCGGGCCAGAUGGGUCGCGUCGAUCUGCUCACCGCCGCGGGCUUCGUGGCGCUGGUGCCAGGCGGGCACGGCGCCGUCGCAGGAACUGCGGUCGCGGCCGCGCCUGGGCCUGUGGCGGGGCCUCUGCGGGGCGUGCUGCAAGGAGCGGCGGCGGCGGCGCAGGUGGUGGCCGACGGCGGAGCUCGCUGGCGCGCGGCCCAGUCGCUGGGGGACGUUCGGUUCGGCGACGAGGUUCCUGGGCACAUGCCGUCAUUUGCCGUGGUCCACGGGCGUGACUUUCACAUCCUGGCGGACGGCACUGCGCUGUUCCCUGAGGAGGUUGCGCCCGCGGACUUGGAGGCCUUCGAGGGCCGCGCGGUGGCAGCGGGCGCUCGUGCGAUGCCGAUGCUGCGUGCUGGUGCCAGUCGCGAGAUCGCGUGGGCAGCCGUGGCCGCUCGCGUGCGCGAGGAAGACUUCGGGCGCGACUGGCUGGUAGCAGGGCUCGAGCCGACGCAGUGGGGCGUGCAGGAGCAUCACCAGCGCACGCAGUACAUUCGUCUCCAGCUGUUUUCGGACCAGUGCGACGGCGCCAACUUGCAGGCGCGCGAGGCCAUCUUUCGCAGGAUGCAGACGAUGGAGUGCGUGUGCUCGGAGAAGGUGCGCGAGCAAGAGGGGGCCAAUCAGA